GACUGUUUUCUUGAAUAGACUCUGCAGUAAGCUGCAGAACAAAUUCUCACAAAAAUGUGGGUUUUUCUCAACCUUGUGAUUAACUUCAACUGCAUACUUCUCGAAGUAUUGUAUGCUGUCUUUGUUGUGAUGGACAUUGAGAAGAAGUCUAGGAGAAAUCAACAUGUGUCAUCUCGAUCUAAAAAUUGCAUCAAUCACACGAAAAAAACGUUGGACAACACUACAGAGUGUACCCAGCCGAAAGCACAGAAGUCAAGAAAAUCACGUUCUAAACGUAAAACAUCCCAACCAACUUGUGAAAAGAAGAAGAAAAUCAAACUAAAAUAUUUUAAUAAGCAUGGGUCGUCCCCAGAAAGCCCGACAAAUAGCGGCCACAAGCAGGAAACACUUAACCAAAUGAAAAGAGUAGACAAAUAUAAACAAACACAAGAAAGAGCAAACUUAACAAAUCAACAUAUAAAAAGCCCAAGUUUACCUCUACUUUGCUUAGACGGAAUGAAACGAAAGAGAAUUUUCGAAAAUAUUAACAUAUUUUUAGGAGAACAGAUUCGUAUUUACACAAGGUCAUACGCGCCACACAACAGGUAUGUUUACAUUGUGAUGAUUAAAGUUGGAGACUUAAGCAGAGCAAUUGAGGAUCACCUGAAAAAAUUACAUUUUAUACCUGACAGGUCUUAUCUGUGGAUGAUCCCGAAUGUCAUGCUUCGUGUAGACCUGAAUGCGCAAUGUACAAAAUACAAUAUACAAAUCGUCGACGGUAAAGAUCUAAAACAAACACUGACUAGCCUUGUGUAUUGUAGAUCGCAAGACUGUAGUCUAGAUUUGCACUUGCUAACAGUAGAGCGCGCUAUGGAAGUUUUUCACUUCUUUUAUCAACAAAAGAAGAAAGGUAUGCGCAUAAGAUGA